UGGUCACAGAGUGAAAGGUGGAAGUGAUGCAAUGUUUUUAUGCACCUGUGACACCCCCCCCCCACACGCACACACACAUCCACACAUCAACCUGGUAGUACCGAGGAGUAGGACGCGCGAGCCAUUGGGUGGAGCAGCAGCGUCGCGUGCUGCGGAAUACAUUCAGUAGGUCGUUAACGCAGCGCGCGGCUCGGUUGCAGAUGCAGGUCGUUGAGUGUGAGCGCGAGGAGGGGGGAAAUGGCGAACGGGCGCGGGCGGCGGUGCGCCUUGUGAGGAUACAGUAGACACCCGGAGCGGUGGCAGGCGGCAGCUCGAGGACAGACGGGAGGAGGAGAGGAACCAUGGAGGACUCGGAGCCCGCAGAGGACGGCUUGCUCGCGGGCUUGCGGUGGAACCGGAGCGCACGGGACCAGGCUCAGCUCAAACACAAAAUCCGGGAUCUGCCGGGGCUACUCAAGCACGGGCUGCACCUGCGGAAGAAGAGCCAAUCACCUGACACAAUCCCCGGACCGAGCAGUGGGCCUACAGUACACAAGUCUUGUUCCCAGAGUUUCCCAUGUGCCGGUCGGGCUGUGAGGAAUGCCUUCCUCUCUCAUGGACCAUAUCCAGCUAAAGACAAGAUACACCUGGCCAGAAUCAUACGGCGUAGCUACGUGGGUGUGGAGCUGGUGCAGUGGCUGUGUGAGCAGUGUGUGUACGUGCGCUGUCGGACUACUGCUGUGCGUGUGUGGCAGGUGCUGCUGGAGCUGGGAGUCCUGCUGUCUGUGGACCAGCGGGUGGUGUUUUCGGACUCGAACUCUUACUACCAGUUCAGCUUUGAGGAGUGUGACUCCACCUCCUGUGACUUUCGCUCCAAUGAGGGGGAGUGGCCAGAGGCUGUUAGGCUCCUCCUGCAACUCGCCCCGUAUGUCCAGUUUCGCUCUGGAGGCGGGGCCAACAGCCCGUCAGAGGAGGACUCUGAAGGCAACAGGGACAUCUGCAGUGAGAUUCUCCAGAUGAAAGCUCUUGAGAGGCUCACUUCUACGGUACAAAGCGAGUUAGCGGCUGCUCUCGCCCGGAAGACUCGCAAAGCUUUAUCAGAGCAGGACUCUGAAACGACAGAGACAAGCCAACAGGAGCCUCGCACGCCUAGCGAGGAGAGCAGCCCGCUGGGCGGGGUGUGUGCACUGCGGGAUGGCAGUGGAAGUGGCGGCGGUGGCGGAGGAAUGGGGACCGUGUGCGGACGCGAGGAGCUGACCAGCCGGCUGGGGCUGGAAGCCGUUCAGAGGCUGGCCAAGGACGGCUGUCGGCUGCUGCAGAACCACAACUACCGGCUGCCUGACAGGAACCAGGCGGAGGCAGUGGGGAGGGUUUGUCUGAAGGAGAGAGGACGGGACGUAUUGGUGUUGCGGAGAGUGACGUCAUCAGUGACGUCGCCAUCAGACCGGCCCUCACCCACGUCGUCAGGGGGCGGGUCCAGAGAGGAGGAUUGCGACAAGAGGUAUGUGGUGGUGUCGGGGACACCGCUGAAGAUCUUGGAGCAUCUGCUAAGUGACCUGCGGCUGGACGACCAAAGAGGGGCGCCUGAGAGCAGGGAGAGUGAAAUGCUGUUGGAUGACUUCCUGUUGACCUAUCUGGUGUUCAUGUCCACUAACGACCUCUGUCAGGCUCUGCUGGGACACUAUAGCAGCGCCCGCUGCAGGGGCCAGGAGGAGGGCAAAGAUGCUCUCUUCAGGAAGCGUAAGGUACUGCAGCUGGUCGCCCACUGGAGCAGGCUCUACAAGGACUUCCUGAAGGAAGAGGAGCACGUCAGGAGCUUUAUGAAGACCCUGUACAGGUGUGUUUUAGAGGAUCUGUAUGAGUUCCCCACGUUGGAGAAAGACCUGAAGGAGUUCCAGAAACUUCUGCGCCGUAGACACACGGUCGAUGACUGCCCUCCAAACCAAAAGAGUAAACAAAUGUAUCAGCAGCUGAGUUUGAAGGAAAACUGUUUGCCACUCCGAAGUCCACCGCCUGAUACUAGAGAGGUGAUUUGUUGCGUGUACGUGAGUGCUGACUCCUACCUGAGUGUCCACACACACCCCUCACUGGAGGCCCAUGAGCUGCUAAGAAUUGUGAGUCUGAAGAUGGACAGAGCAGAGGAGGACAUGGUUCUUGCUGUGGCGUCACACAGUGGAGAGCGGAGGGUGUUACAGCCCAGUGACUGUGUGUACUCAGAGUCUAUGACCCCACAGGGAAAGCUUGUGGCCUGUCGCAGGGAUCUCACAGAGAUUCUGCCUCCUUUAACAGACAGCGCUGAGCUAAGCAGGAGACCGGUGCGACUCUUAGGUAUUAACACCUGGGACGUGGCAGCUGCUCUGACACACCUGGACUGGAGCCUUUUCAAAUCCAUCCACGAGCAAGAGCUGGUGUACUACACCCUUAGCCGUGCUCCUGGCACCGGCCACACGGUGGCGCUCUCAGUCCUGCUCCAGCGCUGUAAUGAGGUCCAGCAGUGGGUCAUGUCUGAGGUGCUCAUGUGCGUAUCACUCAACAAGAGAGUGCAGCUGCUAAAAAAGUUCAUCAAGAUCGCAGCUCAUUGUAAAGCCCAAAGAAAUUUGAACUCUGCAUUUGCCAUCAUCAUGGGUCUCAACACAGCAGCUGUCAGCCGACUCAACCAAACCUGGGAGAAAUGUCCAGGGAAGUUCAAGAAACUUUUCUCAGAGUUGGAGCUCAUAACGGAUCCAUCUCUGAACCACAAAGCCUACAGGGAAGCCUUCAAGAAGAUGAAGCCUCCCAAGAUCCCUUUCAUGCCUCUUCUCUUGAAAGAUAUCACCUUUAUCCACGAAGGAAAUAAAACCUUCCACGACAACCUGGUCAACUUUGAGAAGCUGCAUAUGAUCGCAGACACAGUGAGGAUGAUUCGCCACUGCCAGAGCGACCAGCCAGGCAACGAGGUAAUCGGGGUCGACAGUGCGGAGUUGAGGGCGAGUGUUCAAUACCUGCACAUUAUCGACAAUCAACAGACGCUUUUCGAACUGUCACACAAGCUGGAGCCACGUGCUUAAAGACGCACACACACACACACACACACACACACACACACACACACACACGUACCCUCAUAGACACACAUACACCAACACACUGGACACCGCGCAGUGGAAAUGCAAGCACCGAGUAUGUGUGACGCUUUGCACAGCAGAAUGCCACACACUCACACAUACACUGCAACAAAAUCACACCACCAGCAGUGGUGCCAAGUGGACAAUAAGGUGCCAUGUGUUCUGAGGAAACCCACGAAGACACAGAGCUGCCUGUUCUCUAAAGGCUUUAUAACACCGAACGUGUUUAUAAAGGAUUGAAGUCUGCACACGCUUUGCGAACCGUCUACAGGAGGAGAUUCUGCGCAGCAAAAUGGAGAUUUGCCAAGCUGAGACGGAGAGAAGAGGAAGCUGUAAUUAGUUUGUACAGUAUCUAUUGGACUGAAUAUGCCCCUGUUUUUUGUUGUGAUUUUGGUUAUUUAUGAGCCUGUUUAGCAGGUGGAAUGUUCCUUUAUUUCUGUCUUUCAAGUCUCGUCCAACCCCCGGGAGGUCAACAAGGACUUGAUAGCCUCUUCAUCAUUUCAGUUACAAACACAAAACCAUCUGUAGAGGAGUUAGAUGUGUUUAUAACCUGAUGGCCACGAUCUCUGCCCCAUCGAUAGUCUCCUUUGAGUUCAUCUGCAUAUCACAUACCUGCCCCGUGCUGCAUGUAUAUCCAGGAUACAUGCCAUAGUUAUUUAGGUGUAUGAUGUGGAGCUUUUUUUGGUUAUUGUGUGGUAGCGUAUUAUGUAACGCAAACAGCAACCAGGGCUGAGGCAGUACAACACUUUAAUAUGCCAACACAUUUUCACCUUUUCUCACUGAGGCGCCGUCCGUGCGGCGCCAGCGAGUGACAAAAGGUGCAGCAUUAACAGUAUCUGGCAUCUGAAGGAAGCAUUGUGAGAGGUUUUAAUUGACUGACUCUGACAUUGACAACACUAAAGCUCUCCUGAACGUGCCAGAGAUCAAAAACUGUUGAUGAAUAGUGAACAGUUUUUGGUUCUCUGUGUUUGCAGUGUAGAGUCCUGGUUGACUUUUAGCCAAACACUCCUCAUGCACUCUACUCUAUGAUGCUUUUGUGUGAAUAGAUAUUGAUAAUUUUACGUUGUAUAUAAUAUGGACCUAUACAUUUUUCAGUGCCAAACGUCGCAUUAAGUCCUGCAGCAUAGAUGUACUGUAGAGUAUUUUUUAUUUUUUUUUUUAACCACAGAAUCUGAUUUCCUUGAAUGAGCCCUGGGAGGAUGCCUGGUCUGUGAUCAUGUAAAGCAGAUCAGACUCCUCACAGAAAUGCUUUCUGACAUUGUGAUGACUGAUUUCAGGGUGUGCGAUGGUAUCCCACUCACCCCCGGGGUUGCUAUGGAAACACAGCCCUAUCACAGAGCUAUUUUUCCUUUUGAAAUCCUUGAGUUACAUUAUGUCAAAAGAAAAGUCAAGCAACACAGACAUUUGUUUUAAAAAACAAUAGCUGUAUUCAACAAAAUCAUGAUCAUGAGGAGGUUUUGACAUUUAUUCUUACUGACUGAAAAUAUCACUUCAUUCAGAGGUGGUCGUUGUGUAAACUGUCUGUGAUAACCAACACAGGGUGUGGACAGAAUAAUGGAGGCACAAGGGCACAAGCUGUAUUACAGUUAUCACUCUAACAUUGGUUCUUAUUAUUUUGGCUCUCCACCUAUUUAUUGGCAGGAAAAAUGAUCCUUUCUGAGCCAAGCAAAUCCUCAAGACAAAUUCCCUGUUGACAUGGCAUGAUGUGAAAAACAUCUAUUUGUUAUUCAAAUCACUGAGGGACCAGCCUGCUGCACUGCUAAUGUCAGUCUGAAGGAAAUGCAGCAUGGGAUGAGGGGAAUCACUCACAAAUGACAUGAGUGAUGAUGAUGAUGCAUACAAAGUCAGACAAGGAACGCAGCCUUUACAAUAACAGCAUCAAAUCUGGCAGACCGUAUUAGUGUUUGUGUUAUUUUGUCCCCGCCCUGUAUCUGUUCAUGCAUAGCCAGUCGCUUCAGUGGUACAUUUCUGCUUAGGAGGAGGAAACAUCCAAAGGCGAGGUUCCUAAAUGCUAUGUAGCGGGCAUGUCUUGCAUUGUUUGGAUAGUUAUAAAAACACGGGGGGUAAAGUGCAAUACAGUAGAAAGGAUGCCACAAGUUUUUAUCAUCAUUCCAACACUAAGCCUUUCAGAGUACAGAGCUGCUUUAUCCCACAGAUCAUAACGAAUCAAAUGGUGGAGAGAGGGCCGGGAUUUCCCCGAACUGCUUCAGUGCCAAAAACAUCUUCGGUUCAAAAAGAUCAGAGAUGACCUAUAGGUGAAGAUUCACUUUUGAAUAUGAUUUGUGUGUCAUGAGCAGCUUGGUUUCCGUCUGUGCAUUAAAGGCUCAUUUUAAAGACAGACUCUAACCUGUUGUGGUCACCAACACAUCAUGUGGAUGCCCUGACACUGAAUGCGGAGCCAUUUUUUGUCAUCACUGUCACAGUCACCCAAAUUUAUUAAUUCAAUUGAAAGCUUGCGAGAGCCAUUUAAAGGGACAGUUCACCCCAAAAUCAAACAUACAUAUUUUUCUUCUUACAUGUGGUGCUGUUUAUCAGUCAAGAUUGUUUUGGUCUGAGUUGCCGAGUGUUGGCGAUAUCGGCUGUAGAUAUGUCUGCCUUCUCUCCAAUAUAAUGGAACUAAAUGGCACUCGGGUUGUGGUACUCAACAGCAAUGUCUCUUUACAGAAAUCUCGACCCAGUUACUCAAGAUAAUCCACAGGCCUUGUUGUGAGCAGAAGGAAGUGUGCAUCUAAUGCUAGCUCACCUAGCACCACUGAGCUAGCCAACAUUACAGCUCAGCCGUGGAGGACACCAAUAAUUUUUACACGCUGUCACGAGCACAAGCUUCUCAUCCAAGAGUAGAUGCUUCCCUUUGCGCAAUGAUACGGCUGUGUAGUUGGUAGGAAGAAAAUCUUAAGUAACUGGGUCAUGAUUUCUGGAAAAAGACACUGCUUUUGAGUUUUUCAGAUGUUUUUUUUUUCCUCCUUUAAGCACUAGAAGCCGAGUGACAUCUAGUUCCAUUAUAAUCAAACAAAGGCAGACAUCUCUACGACUCCGAUACCUCGAACACUUGACAAGUCACAUCAGAACAAUCUAGAAAGGAAAAACAUUUAUUUUUAAUUAGGGGUGAACUGUCCCUUUAAGUAUUUGACAUGAUGUCGGUGUAACAUUUAAACAAAUACUAAAGAAGUUCAUUUUUAGGAAAGCGUUACAUAUGUCAUUCUGGAGGUUGUUCCCAUCCAGGAUUUAUUCAUAUCCACAAAUAUUUCAUAAAACCUUCAAGAUUGUAAGAAUAACAUUUGUAAAUUGUGAGAGUGGAUUCCCCCCCGUUAAAGGUAGACUAAAUCAGUGAGUCUUGGACUGCUAGAGCUGAUAAAUCAGCGCCAUGGUCUGUUCAUAUUCGGUGUCACAGAAAGGCCUUGUGGUUGUCAUUUUUACGAUUAACCUGUACAUGACGCACACAUGCACAAACACACCUCUGCUCAUUGUGUUCAAAGAGCAGAAUAAUUGCCGUAUUACUUAUUUAUUGUAAGAUAUUGUUUAUUUAUGUAUUUUUGAGGUGACAAAAGUUCAUGUGCCAUGUUCAGAGAUUCAACAAUGUGGAGGCGCGAUCUUGAAAAGAAAGGAUGUUUGUGGUUUGAAGCUGCAAUGCUAGAAUAUAAAACUACUUGUGUUUUGUGGCCACUAGAGGGCAGCAGAAGAGCAGGUCAGCGUGAGCACGCUCUUCCUUCCUCUGGUGUCAAAUGCUGUGAUGAACAGGAAACCAACAGGAGGGUGUAUUUAGUGUUUUAUCGGCCGUUGUCAUGACUGUGUAAAGUUACGUUUUUUUAAAAAGCAAUGUUGUUUAAAACCUGUUUGCAUGUUAAAACAAAAAAAAAAUACAAAAGUUCACAAUGCAAGAGAGGACACACUGAAGGCUUUGUACUAUUGUAAUAUUGUUGAUGUGUAAAUACAUGCCCAUGUUUGGUAUGUUGUUAUUAUUUAUCAGUUGUAAAUGAAAAAAAUAGUCAACCACAAAGCAAUACGUCUCCCCUCGUGUCCCCUCAACCUGAAGCUGAAGCCACAUGUCUUUUCUAAAGCAGCGUUUUACUAUGUCAACAUUUGACUGAAAUGAAUAAAUUAUAGGUUUUAUGUGA